GGCCUCCCUGUGCGCACUCCCGGAAGCGUGGCGGAUCCCGUCCUCUGGCGGGGAGAGGCGUUGCCGUUGCUGCCGCCCCCCUGCAGUCCCCGCUGUCGCCUCAGUCAUGCCGAAGCACGAAUUCUCCGUGGACAUGACCUGCGGAGGCUGCGCGGAGGCGGUCUCUCGCGUGCUCAGCAAGCUGGGAGGAGUUGAGUUCAACAUUGACCUGCCCAGCAAGAAGGUUUCCAUCGACUCUGAGCACAGUGUGGACACCCUGCUGGCAACCCUGAAUAAAACGGGAAAGGCUGUUUCCUAUGUGGGCCCCAAGUAGCCCCGGGCUGGACGGACUGCAGAGCUCAGCAGGACGGGGGCACCGUGGGCCUGAGGAUCCAGCAGCACCGGGGUGCCCUAGAAGAGGCCGCAGGGUUUGUCUUAGCACCACUACCAGCUCAACCGCAGCCUGUCGUGUAAUUUUUACUGCCUCUGCACUGCUGCCGCAUGCCCAGUAGACGGCGCGCUGGUUCCAUAGAACGUCUCCGUCU